AUGACCUUUCAUCGUGCGCUAUCUACACUAAUACCCCCAAAGGUUGUCUCUGUAAAGCAUUUGACCGCCGCUCCUAAUGCCAAAAGGAUUACGAAUGUCGUCGAUUUUUAUAAACUAUUACCAAAGGGUCCAGCAGCAAAAACAAAAGAUUUAUCAAAAUUAAGCCCAAUCGGUAGAUAUAAAGCAAGAUAUUUUGACGGUGAAAAUGCCAGUGGAAAACCAAUUAUCCAUUUAGUCCUAGCCAUAGUUACUUUAGGUUAUUCGAUGGAAUAUUAUUUCCAUUUAAGGCAUCAUAAAAAUGGAGAAGGAGCUGAGCAUUGA